AUGGACAUGACCCACAGAGUGUCAACGGACUACAAGAACCGACGGUGCCCCCGAACGGAGGCAGGCGAGCGUAAACACAACUCCAGGAACAUGAAAAGAUCGGGUGACAGUGAGGGGGAGAAGAGAAGAAAGAAGAGGAAGUUACUGCAGGAGUUGGGAGACCAAAAGAUCCCCUUUCUAGGACCUUCUGAUCAGGGCUUUCAGAAAUUGUGGGAUUCCAGUUACUCUGGUCUGGUUUUGAGAAGAUCCUGCUCUCUUCCCGCUGAGCUCCACUGCAGAGUCCGGGGCGCUCUGCUCACCCUGAGAAAGAAAGGCUGCCUCUUAAGGGAUCUGGUCCGCGUCCGAGACCGGGACGUCUUCACCUCUGUGUCGCGGGCCCUGCUGGGCGAUGCGGGCCACACCUAUCGCUACCUGGACACCAGGCUCUUUGCCAUCCCCUGGCACAGCGAGGACACUGAGAAUAAAGGACAGAACUGUUGCGACGCUGAUCUGAGGGCCGCCUGCAAAGCCCUGUGGGAGCUCAACACCUUCUUCUGUUCGGACGUGAGUGAGCUGAAAGAAGGAGACAGGCUGGCGCAAUGCGCAAAGGCAAAGACGGCGGCGACGGUUGAGGCCAAAGUGAGCGAGGAGGCUGAGACGGAGUCCAGAAAUAGCGAAGACUCCAAGAACAGCGAAGGAGGGGAGUCGGAGUCCAGGCAGAGCGAGGAGGGGGACACGGAGUCCAAGCACAGCGAGGAAUGGGACGUGGAGUCCAAACACAGCGAAGAAGGUUGCUCCGGGUCGAAAAGGGAAGGCGAGUGGGAGACGGGGUCCAGACACAGCAGUGAGGAAGGGGAAUCCUCACAGGGCAAAGAAGGCGGCCUGGAAGGAGCAUGUCCCACCUGGGCACCCAAGAGUGUACCGCCAACAGAGGUCCCUGUGGCACACCUCAAGCACAGUCUGUCAGGUUACCACAUUGAGGACAAGGAGGAGGAUCAAGUGGGUUGCUCUGAGCCCAGUCCUCCCCAGGUAUGCACCGCAUCGGCCAAUUUCAACGUCACCUUACUCAACUAUAUGGACCCGGCAUCUAUGAGCCAACUCAAAGAGGAGCCCUACUAUGGGAUGGGGAAAAUGGCCGUGGGGUGGCACCACGACGAAAACCUGAUCAGUCGCUCGCCCGUGGCUGUCUACAGCUACAGCUGCCAUGACGACAAAGGCGGGAGCAGCGAAGGUGGCGGAGGCGACAAGCCGAGCUGGAGGAUCGGGCUGAAGGUAGCCUGGGACAUCCACACACCUGGCCUGACGCUGCCCCUGGAGUCUGGAGACUGUUAUUAUUUGAGAGAUGACCUGAACAGCACCCACCAGCACUGCGUCCUGGCGGGAGACGCCCCACGCUUUAGCUCCACCCACAGAGUGGCCGAGUGUUCGACCGGGACGCUGACCUACAUCCAGUCUCGGUGCCGAGAGGCCCUGUCCAACCUGCACACAGAACCGGAGACCGGCUCCCACAGCCUGGUGACCUUGCGGCCGGCCACCCUGCAACACUGUGAGGAGAUUCACAAUGAGGUGGAGUUCGAGUGGCUGCGACAGUACUGGUUUCAGGGCCAGCGCUACACGCGCUUCUGCAGUUGGUGGAGCAAACCCAUGGAUGAGCUGGAGAAGGAAUGGAAGCUCAUGGAGACCAUGACGAUGCUGUUCUUGGCUAAAGUGGAGGAGGAGGAACAAGGGCAGGAGGGCAGGAGAGACAUGGCAGAGACUCUUCUGGCCGCUUUGAUAGACAGACACCAGCAAAGACAGACAUGGAGAGACAGGUGCCACUCCAGCCUGGCCCAGACGUUGCCCCCCGAGGAGGCCCCGGUGGACCGGCCCUUCUGGGGCGUGGACGACCCCGACAUGCCGCUGCCCUUUGAUCUGGCUGACAUCAUCAACAGAGUGGAGUCGCUGCUGUGGAGGAUGUAGACGACCCAUGUGAAGGACAUCAAAGAAUGCGACAAAAAAACACACCAGCUUUUCCGAACGACCCCGACGAGAGGCGACGGGGGAAGCAUUGCCGACGACAAAUCCGAGAAGAAUUUUUGAUCGGUUCAUCUCCAUCUCGACAGAUCGACCCCCUCCUAAACAGGCCACAAUAUAACACCCCCGAUAGCGCUUUAGUGACAUGCUAACAACGCCAGCUUAGCAUCAAGCUACCAGUGUAAGCACAUUUCAGUGUGUAGCUAUUUAUUAUUGUCAUCAUUAAUCUCAUAUAACCUAGCUUUGAUCUCGUCAGUAUCCACACUAUAUGCUUUCGAUACGUCGUCACAGUGUUAUCGCAAAAACAGGACACUCCUCAUCCGUGUGGCGCGAUUGUUCCGAGACUGACCAAAGAAGGAAUCCAGUGAAGAAGCUUGGAAUGUAAAGGGGAAGUUCAGACCACUGAAAGUGUAUUUCGGUAAGAGUCAGACCAAAGAAGGAAUCCAGUAGUUCCAUUGGUGAGGACAAGCCUGCAAGACAGUCGGUUGUUUUUGGAGACCCGCACAUCACCAUGCUCUGAAAAACAAAAACAUUUAAGGAUUUUGGGUGGGUGACAUCUCGUCAUGUUCUAGUCAGCACUCUACCAGUCACAACUGUCAUGUCUUAAAUCUUUUUCUUAAGGUCAAAGCGAGAUUUCUAAUGAUUUUCGAUGACAUCCGUCUCACCCAUUCCCGGGCAAGAUCUACUAUUGAUUUUGAAUAGGAUUUAACACCAGACAGCCACGGAAGCUGAAGAAGGCAAAUAAGUGCAUGCGUUCUAGUCAGCGCUCUACCAGUCACGAUUGUCAUCUUUUUAUUCAACGUCAAAGCGAGAACUCUAACCUUUCCCGGGCGAGAUCUACUAAUGAUUUUGAAUAGGACUUAACACAAGGCAGCCAGGAAAGCCAAAUGCAUCGAGUUCUAGUCAGCACUCUGCCAGACGCAAUUGUCAUAUCUUAAACCUUCGUAUUAGAGUCCAAAGCACAAUGAACUGUAAUGAUUUUGUCUACUACUACUAUCUGCUAUUGAUUUUGAAUAGGAUCUAACAUAAGUCAAAAAAAAAGGCUGAAGGCAGAAGUUAAAUAAGGACAGCUCCUCUCCCCCACGUCUGGUUUCUUUAUAGAUCCUGAUAAAAUAGAGAUGUUGUCAUUUUAAACGAAAAAAAUCCUGAUUGCACUCCUGUUUUGAUUUGUUUCUUCUGAAGUUUUUGUUGUUGUUGUUGUUGCUGCCAAACACUGUUCUUCUUCUCCUUCUUCUUCUUCUUCUUCUCGCUUCCUCUUUCGCUGUUGUUGUCACGAGAGUUUUGUUUGUAGAUCGGCACUUAGCGCAUCACUCUGUGCUCUCCCUUCCUUCGCCACAGCUUUGUCCGGAAUGGCAGAAAAUAAAAUUAAACAGUGUUUU